CCGAGUUUAUUUUGAACGAAACUUCAUGGAAAAUGGGCUUGAUACAGGGACUGAUGGUUCUCGUCUGUGCAGGCGUUUUAGCGAAUCAAGAGCUAUCUAAUGAACCUCCCCGAAGUCGCGGAACAAUAUCUGUGAACACCUCCACAAGUAACUAUACGGAUGCUAAAGGAUCUGUUGUUAUACCGGGUAAAGGAUUCGGCCACGAAACGGUAAUCGGCGGCCGUCCAGGUGGUCCAAGUAAACCGCUACCCGGAGCGGGCCCUGGUGUUUCGAUAGUCAGCGUAAGCAAUCAAAAGCAGAACGGCACAGAAAACAAUGUCGUAAGCAGUGUUCACACGGUUACGAAGACGCCACCGACCAGACGUGUGCCACCAAAAAAGAAAGUCCCUUCGCGUCCUGUGCUACAUCCUCCGCCUCUUCCUCCUCUUCCUAAAUGGAUAAACCUCCAGCCCUAGUGGACCCUUUAAUAUAUCUGCCACCUAUCAAAACAAGGGCGAGGGGAAAUGGCAGAUGCGACUCGGCCUGAUGGAGUGGACUUCCCUGAAAUUGGCUUACAGCUUGGCCCGCUUUUAAGUAGCACCGAAGAAGAGAUCAAAAGAAAAAUAGUUUACUAACUGCUCGAAAAAGUUAAGAUUUAGCUCAAGAAUCACACUUCAAGUCAAAGAGUUAGCACCUUAAUAGAUCGUUAAUAAAUAAUCUAAAGAUUUUUAUCAAAAAAACCUAAAGUAUUAACUGCUAGGGGGAAAGCUUCAAUAUAAAUAGCUUUGACAUUCACCAAGCGACUACAUAAAUGCUGGUUUCGCUUUGAUUUUUAAAUGAAUGCGAAACAAACCGAUUGUGAACUCAAAAGGCCAAAGUGAUACUUUUGUGUUAGUCACAAACUAAUUAUCUAAAAAACGGAUCGCUCCGAGUUCAUUUUAAACGAAACUUCAUGGAAAAUGGGCUUGAUACUGGGACUAAUGUUUCUCGUCUGUGCAGGCGUUUUAACGAAUCAAGGGCUAUCUAAUGAACCUCCCCGAACUCCCGGAAUAAUAUCGGUGAACACCUCCACAAGUAACAAUACGGAUGCUGCAGGAUCUGUUCGUGUACCGGGUGCAGGAUUCGGCCACGAAACGGUAAUCGGCGGCAGUCCAGGAGGUCCAGGUAAAAACCUACCCGGAGCGGCCCCCGGUGUUUUGGUACUCAGCGAAAGCAAGCAAACGCAGAACGGUACAGAAAACAAUGUCGUAAGCCUUGUUCAAACCGUUACGAAGAAGCCACCUAUCGAUAUAAUGGCCUCCUUGUAAAUGCGAAGGGAAAUGGCAGAUGCGACUCGGCCUGAUGGAGUGGACUUCCCUGAAAUUGGCUUACAGCUUGGCCCGAUUUUAAGUAGCACCGAAGAAGAGAUCAAAAGGAAAAUAGUUUACUAACUGCUCGAAAAAGUUAAGAUUUAGCUCAAGAAUCACACUUGAAGUCAAAGAGUUAGCACCUUAAUAAAUCGAUAAUAAAUAAUCUAAAGAAUUUUAUCAAAAAUACUUAACGUAUUAACUGCUUAGGGGAAAGCUUCAAUAUAAACAGCUUUGACAUUCACCAAGCAACUACAUAAAUGUUGGUUUCGCUUUGAUUUUUAAAUUAAUGCGAAACAAACCGAUUGUGAACUCAAAAUGUCAAAGUGAUACAUUGGUGUUAGUAAUACACUAAUUAUCUAAAAAACGGAUCGCUCCGAGUUUAUUUUGAACGAAACUUCAUGGAAAAUGGGCUUGAUACUGGGACUGAUGGUUCUCGUCUGUGCAGGCGUUUUAACGAAUCAAGGGCUAUCUAAUGAACCUCCCCGAACUCCCGGAAUAAUAUCGGUGAACACCUCCACAAGUAACAAUACGGAUGCUGCAGGAUCUGUUGUUGUACCGGGUCCAGGAUUCGGCAUCGAAACGGAAAUCAACGGAGGCGGUGGCGGCACGCCAGGUCGUCCAGGUAAAACUAUACCAGGAGCGGGCCCUGAUAUUUAUAUAAAAAGCGAAAGCAAGCAAAUCCAGAACGGUACAGAAAACAAAGUCGAGAGCAUAGUUUCAACGGUUACGUCGAAGCCACCGGAUAGACCUCCACCCAGACCUCCCAGUGGACCCAGACCCGGACCAGCCAAACCAACUCCAAAACCAUAUGUCCCACCAGACAAUCAACCCGGCCAUGGAUGGCUGCUACCAAUUCCUGGUCCUGUGCUAUAUCCUCCGCCUUCUCCUCUUCCUCCUAUUCCUCCUAUUCCUCCUCUUCCUCCUAUUCCUCCUCUUCCUCCUCAAUGGAUACAACCUCCUCCCCAAGGGAACCCUUGGAUAUACCAGCCAACCUUGUAAAUGCGCCCCCCUGUAAAUGCAAAGGGACAAGGCAGAUCCGCGAAGAAUAGCGAUUAUAUAUCAUAAUCCAAUUGAAAAAUCAAUAAAUGAUUGCGACAAGCAAAUGGACUUUCAGAAA